AUGUCGAAUCCAUCUGAUAGGCCAUGGACCGAGGAGGACAAGUACACUCUACUCACUGAGAUCCUCAAGAAAGCUGGAUUUCCUUCCAGCUAUCUAGUGCGCAUGAUUAAAGAAUAUGGUAUUACUCCAAGCUGGGAGCAUAUUCCCCUUCCACAAGGUCGUUCACUCAGCUCGUGCAAAACGGCCUAUCUCAAUAUGGUUCAGCAGCCUGUGCACCCUCCACAUCCAGUGGCACCGUUUCCACCGCGAUCCGAUAUCACCGGCCCGCCAGCCCCAAUGGACCCUAGCACUAUGCGCAAGCGGCCAUUGUAUCCUUCCGACAAACCAAUCCCUCGUGCAAUCCAGCCAAGGCCACCAGCCAGCACCGCCUCCUACAGCAGCGAAAGCGGAGCAUCCGCCCAGCUCUCCCCAAGACUAGAUACCGGCCCCGGCGAACCACCCCGUAAACGAGGACGCCCAAGCAAAGCAGAGACCGAGCGACGCAAGCUUCUAGCCGAGGCUCGCGGUGAAACUUACCCAGCCCCUCGACGGUCAGGGUCUGGCAGACUUAAAGUCCCUCCUUCACCAACCAGCCCCGCGGCAGGCCCAUCGUCUACACCAUGCCCGCCGGCACCCCAAGCAUUCCAGGGACCCAAACCAGGCCCAGCCCCAAUGCUCUACGACACUUCAGCCAUGCGCUCAGCAAUUCCACCAGGCCUCGGUCCCGCGUCAAACGAUGAGCGCCGCGAUAUGUCAGCCCGUGGCAUGGGCACCAACAUGCGUGAACUACCCCGGCCAACAGAGAUGGGCCAUCCCCUCCCUUCACCACAUGCCUUGCAACUAGGGCCCCCAGACGCAUUCCCUAGACUCAGCAACCCAGUCGAGCGGCCUUACAGCUUCUCGGCAGACCGGUUCUCCCCGCCAGACAGUGGUCGGCGCGACUCGGUCACUAGUCGAUCUGACCAGCCAGGACCGUACUCGGAAGGACGAAUGAGCACGACAUCAGCCGAGCAAGCUCCACGAUGA